AUGGAGAUGCUGAAGGCCCGCUUCGCGCCAGCCUGGCUUUACCAGACCCUCCGAUCGAGGCUUGUGUUAUCAGACUUAUUUCGCGAGUUGGGGUUCCAGCAAAUAUCAAGUAAAUACUGCGAAAAAUAUCUUGUGAAGUCAAUUUCUGAGACAUCGGCCAGUGUGGCAUCAAUUCACUUGAUCCAUGAGGCCUCUCACUCGAAAAGGAAUUUCAAGUCGUUUGGAUGGCUAAGGCUGCCGACGACCACUCGAAGUACUGAAAACGAAUUGGCAACAUGGAACCCACCGAUUGUAAAUGUUGCUGAUUGA